AUGGGUCUCGUCAACGCCCCCAACAAGGUGCCCGAGCACCAGCGCUUCUACCAGCAGCAGUACAAGCAGCACGUCCGUCUCUGGAAGAUUGGUCCCCGUGCCAACCUCAUGAUGGUUCCCUUCCAGAUUCUCGUCUGGGGCAGCUUCAGCGCCUCCAUGUACAUGAUGGGACGCAAGAUCUUCGGUUAUAACACCUGGUUUGGCAAGAACUAA